AUGACUGAGACCGGCGGAUACGACGUGAUCAUUGUCGGUGCUGGUUUUGCUGGGGUACACCAACUGUGGAAUAUUCGCAAGUUGGGGUUGACCGUCAAGAUUAUUGAAGCUGGCGAGGAUCUCGCAGGGACUUGGUUAUGGAACAAGUACCCAGGUGCUCGCGUCGACUCGCCAAUGGCUAUCUAUCAAUACUCCGACCCAGAUCUCUGGCGAGAUUGGUCCUUCACAGAACUCUACCCGGAUUGGAGAGAGAUCCAAGCAUAUUUCCGAUAUGUGGAUAACAAAUUUGACGUUAAGCGGGAUGUGCUGUUCAAUUCUCGAGUUGUGUCUGCCCAUUGGAACGAUUCGGUCGAUCGAUGGACUGUGACGACAGAAGACGGUCAACUCUUUCAAAGUCAGUUCAUAAGCUUGUGUACUGGCAUAGCGUCGAAGUAUCACCUGCCCGAGCUCAGAGGGAUAGAAUCCUUCAAAGGCGAGGUGCACCAUAGCUCGAGGUGGCCGGAGAAAUAUAAUUUCGAAGGGAAAAGGGUUGGUGUGAUAGGUACUGGGGCUACAGGCGUCCAGAUUAUCCAAGAAAUUGCUCCUAUCGUAGACUACCUCACCGUAUUCCAACGCACGCCGAAUUUGGCGCUUCCCAUGAGACAACGAAAGGUCAGCGUGGAAGAACAAGCAAGGUUGAAGAAGGAACUCUAUCCCAUCUUCUACGGCCGUCGAUACCAAACGUUCUCUGGAUUCCUUUAUGACGUCGACCCAAAACCGAUAGCAGACACGACACCGGAAGAGCUAGCACUAGGAUUCGAGGAAAAGUGGGCAAAGGGAGGAUUGACGUUUUGGUUAGGAGCCUACGCAGAGCUCUUCUCCAAUAAAGAGUUCAACGACGAGGCGUAUGCCUUUUGGAGGAAGAAGGUUAGGGAGCGGAUUCCGGAUCCUGAACUUCAGGAAAAGCUCGCGCCGAUGAAACCUCCGCAUCCGUUCGGGGUCAAACGACCGAGUUUGGAACAGAGAUAUUUCGAGGUUUAUUCGCAGCGUAAUGUCACGCUUGUUGAUAUCAGCAAGACUGCAAUUGAGGAGAUUACUCCGAACGGUCUCAAGACCAACGACGGCGUUGAGCAUAACUUAGACGUUUUGGUAUUUGCGACAGGUUUUGAUAUGGUCACAGGCGGUAUCACUUCUAUCGAUAUUCGUGGACAAGAUGGUGUACCCAUCAAGGAGAAAUGGGCGGACGGUGUUCAAAGUUAUCUAGGAGUGGCUAGUGCUACUUAUCCAAACAUGUUCUGGAUAUACGGACCACAGUCACCUUCUUCUUUCAGCAACGGUCCCAGUAGUAUUGAGCUAACGAGUGAAUGGAUCAUUGACUGCAUUAGAUUUAUGAAGGCAAACAACAUCUCAAGCAUAGUCCCUACAAAUGAAGCACAGCAUGCGUACAGUGAACACCUUAACCAGCUUGGAUCGGCUGGGUUAUGGUCUGAAGCGAAGACUUCUUGGUAUCUCGGAAGUAAUAUUUCAGGCAAGAAGACACAGAUGUUGCAGUUUCCUGGUGGUAUACCGGCGUAUGCGAAGUUGUGUAAUGAUUCAGCGGCUAAAGGUUAUCAUGGCUUUGAUUUGAAACGCUCUCCUGCUUAA